AUGCAUUCGUCGAGUCCUUCCAACCUGUCGAGCGCUGCCAUCUCCUUGUCCUCGUCGGAGGAGGCAGCAGCCGCCUUGCUGCUCCUCGUGACCAGAGAGAUGAGGCUCGCUGAUGGCUUCUUGGACGAAGACGCGACGGCGAUGGUCGCGGCCGACGAGAUGGAAGCGACGGCCGAGAACACGGCAUCGAAGGCCGACGCGAUGGCGGCCACGGACUCGGCGAGCACGCCGGAGACCUCAACCUCGGCGAGGGUGGCGGAGGAUCCGGCGAGCUGCGGGAAGUACUUGGCGGCGUUGCGCACGGAGGAGGACGAGGACAAGGGCGGCUGCUGCGGGUGCCUGUGCUGGUGCUGCUGCUUCCUGCUCCUGAUCGUGGCGGCGCUGGCCGGCACGGCGGCCUACUUCUUCUUCGUGUACAAGCCCAAGGCGCCGUCCUACUCGGUCAGCAACAUGUCGGUGUCGCAGUUCGACUUCAGCUCCAAGGACCUGACGCUGUACGUGAAGCUCACGGCCGCCGUGCGCGCCGAAAACCCCAACGACAUGAUCGGCAUCAAGUACGGCGAGGGGUCCCACACCGUGGUCUCCUACCGGGGCACGCCGCUGUGCUCAGGGAAGCUCCCGGCCUUCUUCCAGGGCUACAAGAACGUCACCGUCAUGGACAUCUCCAUGGAGGGACGCCAGGGGUUCGGCUCCGGCCUGCAGCAGGCGCUGGAGGAGAGCGAGAAGCUCGGGGACAUCCCGCUCGACGUCUUCGUCAGCGUCCCCGUCGAGCUGCGACUCGGCACCGUCGACCUCCGGCAGGUCAAGGUCAACGUGCACUGCGCGCUCGUCCUCGACAGCAUCUCGCCCAAGAAGAGGCCCACCAUCAAGUCCGCAACCUACCAGGCCAACGUAGAGUUCUAAUUACUUAACCUCAUCCAUAUAUGCUAGCUACUCCAAUAUAUAUUUCCAGUUGAUGGGCACAUGUCACUCUUGUAUGCACGUUUGUAUGUAUAGUACUGAUUGCUCGACCGCUAUUCAGUGGAGCUGGGGAGGAUUUAACCCUAUAUACAUAUGCAUAUGUGUUCGUUAAUUGUAUUGUAAGUUUUAUUUGUUAACAUUGAUUCUAGUCAAAGG